AUGCUCGGCCUGACGCUCUCAACCUAUCUACUCUUGACCGCUGGUAUUGGCUUUGCUGAGUCAUCCACGAACGUCUAUCUGCACCCUUCAUCGUCGCCAACGCGGCUUGCUCCUGAGCAGUCGGGCUUUCUCCUUUCGUCCCAUCUUGGCCUGGAAUGCUUCGAGUCACCUACAUCGCAAGAGGAUGAGCAAUGGUUGCUAGGGCAGAUGGACAGUACGCAUGACUUUGUGGGGAAGGGCGGUGAUGCGCUCCUAGUGAGUAUGGCGGAGGAGGACGGCAAAGAUGCUAUUCCCUCGACCAUUCAGCCUUCCAUCGUCACCUCGGAUGCAUUCUGGCGACAGUCCACUAGUUCGUUGCUUGAGCGGUAUCUCAACCGUGCAGCCCGUGUCUACACCUCUAUUUACUCAUCAUCCCAUCCUUCAUACACGUAUUCUCUCGGUAUCCCCCGCCUCCUUGAUACAUGGACUUUAACAGCGCCCACGAAAGCGACUGAAACAUACAUUCAAGAAAUGUCGGCUCUCGUCGACUUCCUCGAAACAGAGCCUCAGGAUGGAGAACGCAAGUUCGGCGCCUUCGACCUGCAAGGUCUGCAGCUGGUCAGGCGGGAAUACGGUGCGGAGAGCGAACAGUAUAAGUCCGCGAAGGAGACCCUCAGCGCAAUCUUCCAAAGCUGCCUUGCUAAGCCCAAUCUCAACCUGGCUGUCAUUACCUCCCCCUCUACCUCAUCCCAGGGCCACAGGCGCCAACCUCCCCCGUCGCAAACUCCUAUGCCUAUACCGCAGCAACCCGUCGGCUCAUUCACUAGAUGUUUCCAGACUGAAGACGCCUGCGUGAAUGGCACAUCUAGCUGCUCUGGCCACGGCGCCUGUGUACAAGCGGCCAAGUCGGGCGGCCAAAGAGGGUGCUGGGUGUGCGCUUGUGCCGCUACCAGGAGCGAGAAGGGAAAGCAGGAAGUAUGGGCAGGAGAGAUGUGCGAGAGAAAGGAUGUCAGCGGUCCUUUUGUGCUCCUAACUGGAACUGUGGUCGUUUUAAUCCUGCUCAUUGCGGGAUCUGUUGGACUGUUGUUCGGAAUCGAUAGUGACAAAUUGCCGAGUACUCUAACUGGUGCUGUGGCUCCGGGACUGAAGAGGGACUAA